AUGAUGGAUAUUUUGAAGAACAAAAGAAACAAGAAAAUUUUUUUUUCAGAUGAAGAAAGUAAUGAUGAUAGUGAACAAAUAAAUACAUAUAAUAUUAGUAACAAUAUACAAGAUAAUGCAAAUCCAGAUUUGGAUAUUAAUAAAAAUGUUGAGGAAAAUUUUGAAGAAAACACGGACAAUAAUAUAGAAGGCUCACAUAUAUUAAAUAAGGAAAAUAUUCAAUAUAAAAGUGAUGAUAUUUCUGUAUCUAACCAAAUAAUCAAAAAUGAUACGGAUGAAAUUAAUAUAAAUGAAAAUAAUUUACAUGAAAAAAGCAAAAAGAAAAAAAAAAAGUUGAAAAGGAAACUGGUGGAAGAAGAUGAUGAUGAUGAUAAUAAUACUACUGAUAAUGAAGGUUUUCUCAAUUCAAAUGAAAAUAUAGCAACGAAGAAAUUAAAAAAAAAGAAUUUUAUUAUAAAUAAUAAUGUAAAAGAAAAAAAUAUACAUGACAACAUAGGGUACAGGCAUUCUAAUAAUUCACAUGAAACUGAUAAAGUAAAUGAGGAGGAUAAAGAGGAAAAUUAUGAAGUCAAAGAUAGUAAUAGAAAAAAAAAAAAAAAAAAGAAAGGAAUUACUCAUAAAGAGAUAGAUAAAAAUAAAAAUGAAAAUAGAGAAAAAUAUGAAUAUUCUAAAAAUGAUGAAAAUUGUAAAAAUAAUGAUGAUGAUAUAAAUAAUAUAUAUAAUGAAAAGGAUCAAAAUAGUGAUGAUAAAAACGAUGAGGAUUCUUUAAAUGAUAAUCCUUAUGAUGAUUAUGAUGCCAAUGAAGAUAAAGAAAAUAACAGAACUUUUGAUGAAACAGAAAAUAACGAUUUUAAAGGAAAAAGAAGAAAAACAAAAAAUUCUAAACUUAUGGAAGAUAUAAAUCCAGAUGAAGACAAAAAGAAGUUAAAAUCAAUACAAAUAUCUUUUUCAAAAAAAGAAUACAAUAUUGAAGCAUAUCUUAUGGAAUGUUUAAAGGUACUUAUUCCUUUAAACAUGAGAGAUAUUUUUCUAGGUUCAGAAAAUAUUAUAUUAGAUAAUAUGAAUACAGGAGAUAUAAAAAAUAUGGAAAUUUUUUGGUUUAAUAAAUUGACAAAAAAUAGACAAAAAAGUAUUAUUGAAUGUUAUACUUCAUUAAAUAAACAAAACAAAAAAAAAAAAAAAGGAAUUGCAGAAGAUAAUAAUAUUACAGUGCUUAAUAGUAAUAGUGUUAGUAACAUGGAAAAUAAUAUAAUCAACUUGGGUUAUCUAAAUAAUGAAAAGGAUAUGAAUGAAGAAAAUAAUGAAAAUGUAGAAAAUCAUAUGUAUAAUAUUAUUAAUAAUAAUAUUAUGAAUAAAGGGGAAGAAGACAAUUCUUUAAAUAUACCAGUAGAAGAAGAAAUAUUCGAUAAUAAUAAAGAACUUAUCGUUGUUGAACAUCUGGUAAGUGUAUGUAAUAAUCAAAUAAAACUUAUAAAAGAAUAUAUUUCAUACAUCAAGAAAAACAUAUACGAUUUAAGUUCAAUUAACGAAAAUAACAACAGAAUUAAAGAAAUGAAAAUAUUAGAACCAUCAAAAAGACGAGAAUACUUUUUUUAUUUAUAUAUAGCAGUAUCUCUGAAAUAUGUUGAGGAGAAAAUACCAAAUGUAUAUUGUGUUCCAACUGUUAUCAGUCCAGAUAUUAGAGGUUUUAAUUUACAUCCUAUGUUUACUCAUAUAAAUAAAAAACUAGAAGAAAAAACAAACAAAAAAGACAAUAUACGAAAUCCAUGGGAAAAGCUUAAAUUAUUAAAAAAAGGAAAUAAUAAAAAAAAUGAUGUAAGCACUAAAAAUGAAUUAAAUAAAGGAAAACAUAAAGAAAAUAGUACCAUGAAUAAAAGUGAAGCAGAUGAAAAUUUGUUUGAAAAUAAUAUAAAUAUGAAGGAUACACAAGAAAAUAUGAAAAAUAUAGAUGAUACUGAAACAAGUGAUAAAAAAGAAUUAGAUGAUUUAGAAAAGAAGAAAAAGGCAUUAGAAGAAAUGAAAAGAAAGAAAAAAGAAAAAGAUCAUAAAAAAACAUUUAAUAUUUAUUCUUUAUUAGAAUCUGCAGCACAAUUUUAUGGUGAAGGUCCAAAAUAUUGUAAUCCAAAUAUUCAUGAAUUUUAUAAAUCAAAUAAUAAUCAAUUAGUAUAUAUAAAACCACCUACAAAUGUAGAUGAAAAAAAUUUAUUAAUAAAUUUCUUUUUACAAUUUCCAAGUUUAAAUAAAAAAUUAGAAUAUAACAAAAAACGUAUAUAUGCAGAAAAUUAUGGACUUAUAAAAAUUAUUAGAAAUGCUGAAAAUUUACCUAUAAAUUUUGAAUUAAAUACAGAACCUUGGAAAAAUACAGACUAUGAAGAAUUGUGGAAUGAACAAAAUAAACUUAAUAAUUAUCAAAUAUGGAAUAUGUCUAAUAUAAUUAAUUAUGAUAAUCUUUUAGAAUAUAACCAAUUCUCAACUACAAAAACGGAUUUUCUUAAUCAUACAGAUGCAAGUAGAAGUGUUUUAAGAAAAAAUGAAUUUGAUGAUAAUGAUUAUCAAAAGAGUUGUGCUAUUAGUGAAUUUGAAAAAAGCAUGGCAAGAAGUGAAUAUGAAAGAGGGGAAGAUAAGAAGGAAUAUUCUAUAGACAAACAUGUUCAUAUGGAUUUCAUACAUAUGGAAGAAGAUACGAAAGAACCCAAAAUAAAUAAUCAAAUCGAUGCUACACAUGUGCAGAAAGAUAUGAAACCACAAGAAAACAAUAAUAUAAAUAAUGAUAUAUUAUUACCAAAAGGGGAACAUAAAACUGAACAAAUAAAAAUAAAUAUGGACCAUAUAAAGGAUGAACAAAAUGAUAAACCUGAUCAGAAUAAUAUAUCACAUAAUGCAUCAUAUGGUGAGGUGAAAAAAACCGAAGUGAAAGAGAAAAAAAAAAACGAAAUUCUAACAAAGAAAUUGAAAAAAAGUAUAACCCAUGAUGACGUGAAACAGUUGAAAUUAACUUCCUUUUUAAGUAAAGAAAAAAUAAAUAAAAAUACGAAUGUAACGAAAAAGGAAGAACAAAGUGCUAAUCAUGUUGAUAAUAUGAAGAAUGCAUACAAUAUAAAUUCUGGAAAUAAUAUGAAUGAUAAUAAUUUAGAGGAACAUAUUGUAAACGAUAAAAUAAAGGAUGAAUCAAAUUUGAAAGAUAAUGAGCAUAAUAUGGAUUAUAUUAUAAAAAUAAAAAGAAAUAAAAAAAAAGUAUUAGAUGAUGAACAAAUGAAUAAUUUUACAAAUGAUAAUGCUAAUAAAGAAGCAGAUAUUAUGGAAUCAAAUUCAUUCGCUCAUAAUAAGGAAAUUUCUGAACGUACCAAUACAUUUUAUAAUAAUAAUACAAAAGAGGGAACAAAAAAAAAUUCUCUUUUAAAGGAGAGCGAGAAUAAGGAAGAUGAUUGGCAUAGCGAACAUCUGGAAGAAGAGAAGGAAAAAAAAAAAAACAAGGAGAAGAAAAGAAUUAUGGAUGACAAGAUGGGCUAUGUCUUUGAAUUGGAAGCAGAGGAAAGUGAAGAUGAAAAUCUCGAAGAUCCAGAAGAAAGAAAAAAAAUUGAACAAUUUAAAAAAGAACAGUAUGAAGAAAAUGAAUAUGAUGAUGAUCAAUCUAAUAGCGAAGACCUUAAAGAAUUUAUUAACAACGAAGAAUAUAACAGCGAUAAUGAUAUAGUUAAAUUAAAACACGCAGAAGAAAUGGAAAAACUAGAAGAAGAUUUAUUUUAUAAAAAAUUUACAUAUCAAGGAAAGCAAUUUAAUGAUGAAUUAACGAACAAAGAAAAACUUGAACUUGAAAGAGAAAAACAACUUUUAAGAAAAAAAAAAUUAUUAUUAAAUUGCAGUAUAGGCAAUGUAAAAUAUAGUGACUUUGAAUCAGAUACUAGUACAGAUAGUGACGGAUCUAAAGGAGAUUUUAAAAAUCCUUUGUAUGAACCAUAUAAUGAAUCGGAACAUGCAGAUAUGUUAAAAAAAAAUAAUAAUUCAUAUGAAUACUUAUAUAAUGAUAACGUUUUUCAAAAAGGAGAAUGCCUCAACGAAAUCGUGGACGAAAAAAAAAAAAAAAAAAUACUGGAAAAAAUGGACAAAGUUAUUUACACAAAGGAAGUAAAAACAAAUGAGGGAAAAAAAAUCGUGAUUAAGAAAAAAAGAAAAAUCCGCUUUCAUCAAAAUUUAUCAGAUGUUACUGUAACAGAAGAAGAAAAGAUAGAUGAAUAUGAAAAGACAAAGAAAAAACAAAAAAAACAAAAUGCAAAUUUAAUAGAACAUAACAAGGUCGAAAUUAAUAAGAAUAAUAUUAUGAAUCAUAAUAAUAAAGCAUCCAUAAAAUGGAAUAACAAUAUUAAAGAUAUUAGUGAAUUAGACACGCCAACAAAUUCAGAAGUUUUUAAAGGAUUUAGGAAAGUACAAGAGAAAUAA